CGUGGAUGCUUGUAUCUACAAAAAUAUACUUUCUUUGUGAUUUUUGUGGCACUGACGGAGAUCACUUCCCCUAUUUCUGUGCUACAUGUCACCUCAUUGUCCACAAGAAUUGCAUUUCAUUGCCACUUCACAUCAUGAUAACACGACAUCAUCACACGAUUUCUCUUUCGUAUUCUUUUCGACCGAAUCAAGUUGAGGAUUGGAUGUGCAAAAUUUGUUACGAGAAAGUUGAUAUAAGCUAUGGCCAUUACCGUUGUCCUGCUUCUCGUUGCCGUUAUAUUGCUCAUGCACUUUGUGCAACUGAUAAAGCAAUUUGGGAUGGAACAAUUAUGCCGAAAGGCUAUGAUGAGAGGUCUGAGGAACUGGUGGAUGAACCUUGGAAUUUGAAUACUGAUGUUGUUGAACAAAUUCGUAUUGGAGAGCUAAUGGUAGCAAGUGAGAUCAAGCAUUCCUAUCAUGAUCAUAAUUUAAGACUCACCUUUAGUGGGAAGACCAAAGAUGAUGAUAGUGAGUGCGAUGGGUGCACGAGACCUAUAUCAACUCCUUUUUAUAGUUGUGAGCAAUGCAAGUCCUUUCUCCACAAAGAAUGCGCUGAAUUGCCUAAAGAAAUGCCACACCCAUUUCACAAGCAUUUGCUUACUCUCGUGAACUCACACGGUGAGUGUGGUUAUUCAUGGUGCCGUGCUUAUCGUCGUCUGUAUCAAGGAUUUAGCUACAGAUGCUACGACGUAGAUUGCAGGUUCGGAAUUGACAUUCAAUGUAUGUUAUUGUCGGACACCUUGAAGCACCCAAGUCACGAGCAUUCACUCUUUGUUGUCCACAACAACGAGGGAACGAGUUGCAGUGCUUGUUUCAAAAGACUAUACCCGUGGGAAGUUGCAUAUAGGUGCAUGAAGCGCUGUGAUUUCAGUUUAGAUGUAGGUUGUGCAACACUACCACUCACUGCUUGGUACAAGUAUGACAGGCAUGCUCUUACUUUGACUUUUUCUGAUGAUUCUGAGCCUUUUCAACUUUACUGCGAUCUCUGUGAAAAAAAAAGAAAGCCAAAUCGUUGGUUUUACUACUGUGCUGAUUGUGAUAACUCUCUUCAUCUCAAUUGUGCUAUUGGGUAUCUCCCAUAUAUGAAGCUUGGGAAAAAAUUGAAAGAAUAUUGGCAUAAACAUCCAUUCACUGUUGUGAAAAACAUCUGGAAUUGCCCUCUAUGUAAGGUAUGUGGUGAGGUUUGCAAUGGGCAGGCCCUAGAAUGUAAAGAAUCUGAAUGCAAUUUUACCGUCCAUUGGAAUUGCCUUUGGGAUCUCCGGGAAUGAUAUACCACUCAAGUUGAAGAAACAGAGAAGCUGCAACAUCAUAGGUGUGUGGUGUUGUGUGGAAGGGUGUAGGAGAUUUGGUAAAAAUGGGUGAUGGCCUUAGUUGUUGUAAUCUGCAUUAUGUGAUGUUAAUGGUUGUUGUUGGAGCAGUAGAAGGUUGUGUUAGAUGAAACAUGAUUUGUAACCACACAUCUUUUAUCUUUCACUUUUCUA